CGCUCAACCUCGCGAUCGCGCCGAUCUUACCCGAACCUCCACAAUCUCUCCAUAGCCCCGCUCAGCGCCAAAUACCCACUCGAUGCAUCUGUUCCACCAUCACCCGACGAGCCGGGAACCCAGACACCUCGCACAUCCUACAUAGCCCAGAAGUCUGCUCCAGCCACACCAGGCGUGUUGAGCCUCAGUCAAACCCGAAGCAGCUCGAGACAGCAUACCAGAAAGGCCUACGCAUAUGACAGCUACUUCGUCGACACCAAUUCUGAGAUCCGAGCAGCUGGCGAUAUACCAAAAGCCAAGAGCACAAGCGUAUUGCAUCCUGGAGUUAGCUUCACAGAUGAAGUCGCGAGCGUGACGGAAGCCAGCAAGCCGCGGCAUCACACAAGAAAAGGCACCGCGCCUCUCCCUCUCUUCUCACCCCCCAUCAAACACCACACCAAAGAAUCAAACCAUGAAUGGCUCCACCGCGCGGGCCUCGCCAUCGCCGGCGAAACAAGAGAUAGCAAAGGCCAAAGCUGGCUUGUCCGCCGUGAAAGCUCUACAAGCCUCGUAGGCCAAGACAAUGAAUACAACCCCGAUGCCCCUCACGACAACAACCACAACAACCACAUGGUUCUUCUAUCUGGCGAACACGUCAAUGAAGCAGACUACCCGUCCUUCUUCUCCCCCCGCAUGUCGCGCGCCGGCAGCAGGUUCCCCAGCCGCAUUGGAUCACGCGUCCCCAGCGCGCGUCCCAGUCGUCGCGGCAGCAGAGUAGGCAGCCGCGUAGACCUCAUGACGGGUCUGGGCAUCAAAACGGUGUCUGAACCCGAAGAACGCUUCAUUGAGCCCGAUUUCAUCGAAGCCGACGAGGACUCUGACGGCGACGAAGAAGAGGUCGCGCGGUUAGCACGCGAACGCGGGUUUGGCCUCGGAGGCUGGAUGGAUCGCUUGAUUGGGUGGUCGUUGUUUGCAGUCGAUGAGGAUAGAGAGGGGUCGGACGAGGAUGAUGAAGAAGAAGAAGAAGAGGAGGAGGAUGACGCGCGUGAGGGUAAGGGAAUGAGUGGUAAGGAGUUGAAGUUGGAUGAUUUGACAAAGGAGGAACUUAAGCUCAGGCGCGAGGUCGAGGCCAAGCGCAGGAAAAUGGAGCGUGAGGCGAUUAUUGCGGCCGCUGCGGUUAAGAGUCACCAUGGCGAGGGGGAGACGGGAAGUCGACCGAGUACGGCGGGAGAAGCUAGUGAUGAUCAGAUGAGGCGCGUGAAUGAUGAGGCCGGUGGGUGGCAGGAUGCUGCCUGGUUGCUUAGUGUAGCGUCCAAGGCUCUUUUC